AUGGACGUGCUGAGCCGCUUCAUGGCCGCGGGUGUCCAGCCUUUCACCAUCGUCGUCGGCCAAGAGGUCGCCCGACACCUCCGCCUCGCCGAGUCCGGCCAACGCAACGUCCAAGACGCCCUCGACCAUCUCGCAAGCUACCAGUCAAUCGGCAGCGUCUUGUGGUUCGGCUUCGGCCUCCGUGGCCUGGCACGCACCCUGGGCGCCACGGCAGAGGGGAGGAGCCUCCUGGCCCUGUGUGCGGCAUUGGGAGAAAGCUUCCAUGAAGACUAUGCUGCCUCGGUGCCGCAUCAUCUUCUCGUCAAGGCCUGCAAUGGCAUUCGGUCGCGGUCCAAAUUUCCCAUUCUCGUCGAUGCCUUUGUCAGGCUCGCUCCUCGCCGAAGGAGGCUCCAGGAGGCUCUGGAGUCGCGCCGCAGCGGCUUCUUUCUCGAAACGGAGCGCCCGUCGCCCAAAGACAUGGCCGGGGCCCUCUUGGCUCUUGGGAUGCUCAGGCGCGGCCAGUACGAGUUCGUCACCGUUGAAGGAGGUCUCGGGUCGGGCUGGCUCGCGGCCAUGGCUGAGUGGAUGUACGACCUGGGCGUCGGCAUAUCAGACGCCCAGGGAAACGCCAUCUACAGGUCGCCGGGCCCGGGAGGAGAUGUGCGCCCGCACCUGUUGCUCCGCCUGAGCAAGCAGACUGCCGAUGUUGCGCACGUCGGGGCGUCUCCCUCGCAGGACCUCACGCUGGCUAGCAAGACCUAUCACUUGAGGAAAAAGCUGGGCAUCGCGAAGCUGCUGUGCGUUAAAGGGACGCCGUUCAGUGGCGGACGUCUCUCGUGGCACGAGUGCCUCGGGGAAGCCUAUGGCCUCGAGUUCGCAGAGCUCAUGGGGGCGUCUGAUCUUGUCGGCUGCGCCUUUGGCUGCGCAGCUCGCAUAUUUUCUGGCAUCAUGGCGUUUGAGCAGCCGGGGAUGGACAUUUACCACGCCGUGCAGACGCGGAACUAUUUCGAAGAAUCUGGAGGCCGAAGGUUCAUCCGCUUCUCCGUCCGGCGGUUUCCUGAGCUGGCGCCCCUGACACGCCGCAGCUAUGAGCAACUGGCCCUGUCUUUCCAGGCUGCUCAGGUCUUGUACAUACAGAGCCUGUUCGGCAUCAGGAAGCUCUGUGCAUGCAACAUUUGCUCCGGCAGUGGGUCGCGGCCCAGCUUGGACAGCCUGUGUCUGCUUGCCGUCUUCGAGUCAGUCGUCAUUGUGUGCCAGAUGCUGUCGGGAAUGGAGGUAGCCGACGGCAUGGUCCGAAGAGGGUCGGCUCGCCGGGACAGGCUCUCCUCCGGCAGACAAGAAACGGCACGCAUCAUCACCUGCUCCACGCAAGGGCAGCUCGCCGAGAGCGCCAUGAUGCUCUUUGGUGGCCGCAAAGCGGGCAGCAGCAGCAACGAUGCCACGGACUCUCCCGUGAUUCCCCAACACCAUCACGGCUGGCCGUUCUGGGCGGUUUCCCUCGCCGUCACGCAGCGGAUCGGGUCCUUGCAAGUCGACUUUGCGCUGGCCGACCAGGCCAGCCUCACCCACGGCACGCCGCUCAUCGGGCCCGCGUACCUGGUGGACACUGCGCUGCGGGCGAGGGGCGCCGUGCACUGCUACCGCUCAGCGAGCCGGUGCCAAGAUCCGUCCUUUACGACGUGCGCCCGUCCAGGUCGCCUUGGUUUCAUGCUCUUCUCCAACGCCUGGGACGUCGUCAUCACCAAGACCAAUGACUCUAAAGAUACUACGACCCGGGGCGGCGGCGGCCCUGUAGACCCGCAGGCUCCCCUCCCGCUCUUGAGCGACGACGGUGACACGCAGACGAUGCAGGCUUUCAUGCUGGCGCAGUCAGUGCGGUCAGAUGUCGCCAAGACCGCCACGCUCGUGACUGCGCGCAGCAAAAACUGCUUGACGGUGCUCUGUGAUUACCAGUGUCUCGCGUGUUGCUUUAGCGCUGCCAUGUCGAGGGCGAACGACAGGGACUGGUUCGCCAUCCUGCCUUGUGACGAUGGGUCUACGGCGGGCGUAGCAGACGCUCCUUUGAAGGUUGUCUGA